AUGUUGAUGAACAAAAGCACCUCCGCCGCCGGUAAAUAUUCAAAUCCACCACCAUUGAAUCUCGUAGACUACUCUGAUGAUGAGGAGAAAACGACGCCACAACAGAGUCAGAUGUCUCAACCCCUAUCCGAAGAUCUUCAUACCGCAGCCGAACAACUGGAUUCUGAGUCAGAUGCUAAGUCAGAACCAGUGAGAUUAACAAGGAAGAAGAAGAACGUGAAGGAGGGAAGGAGUAAAGAAACCUCUGAGACGAUUCCACAGGGAGCUGAUACAACUAAGGCCUCCAAAGAGAAUCGAGGAAAAGCAAUCAAAGUCUCCUCAGGUGAAUCUGAGGAAGAAGAUGACUCAGAGAACACUGACUCAGAAGAAGCUGAGGAAGUUGAUGCUGAGAACAUGGAACCACCAGUCAGUGUUAAGGAGAAAGAGAAAAAGAGGAAAGCUCCAUCAUCAGCAACCCAGAGCAAUCCUGUGAGAAAAUCAACCAGGAAAACCUCUGCCUCAUGA